UUGGCUCAAGCCGUUCCGACCCCGGGGUGGUCCGUCCCGUCGCAUCCUGGGCGAGUUGGCUCGGCAGCAGUUGAGCGAGCGCGGGGUAGAAGUCUCGGUUGGGCGCGGCGGGCGCUCUCGGCGGCGGCCUGGCACGGCCCCUUGAUGCCAUGGGGUGCGCGGCGAACGUCCCUGCCACCGCGCCCGAGCACGAGAAGGUGGCCUGCCAAGACUCGGCGGUGGCCUGCCAAGACCGUGCCACACCCGGUCAAGAGCAUCUCGUCACCCACAGGGAGUGCCCCAGCUUCCACCAGCGCUAUCUGCUGGGGGAGAUGAUCGGGGAGGGCUGCUGCGCGUGCGUCUACAGCUGCAGGAGAGCUGACGGCGGACCCGAGGGCGAGUUCGCCGUGAAGGUCACGGACUUGGGCAGAUUCAAGACAAACCAGCAUGCCGCCUCGGACUGCUACUCGAGGGCACAGCGGGAAGCCUCCCUGCUCAAGGCGAUGGGGAGCCAGGAGCACUGCUGCAGGCUCGUCGACUGCAUCGUCGACCAGCGCUUCCACUACCUGGUCAUUGGGAACUGCAGCAUGACGCUGCUCCAGGCUCUGAAGAGCGUGCCUGAGCUCACGGAGCGGAAUAUGGCGGCGCUGGUGCAGCAGAUGUUCAUCGCCGUGUCCGAGGUGCACGCCCUCAAGAUAUUGCACCGGGACCUAAAGCCAGACAGCUUCCUCGUGGGCCAGGACGACACCGUGAAGCUGUGCAACUUCGGAUUUGCGCGGAGGUUCCCCGCUGGCCCUGCGUGCGUCAGGGGGGUGUUCGGGACGGCGCCCUUCAUGUCGCCAGAGAUGAUCACCGGGCUCGAGUACGCGGACCCCACGGACGUCUGGUCUCUCGGCGCCACGCUCUACGUCCUGCUCUGCGGCGAGUUCCCCUAUGGCGGCCCUGGGGGGUGCGGCCCCCGGCAGAUGAAGGUGGCGAUUGCCCGCGGCGUGCCCGGCCCGCGCUUCGCCCCCGCCGUGGCCGGCGCCCAGCUGUCCCCCGCAGCGGUCGCGCUCCUGCGGGCGCUGCUCCACCGGGACCCCGACGUGCGGCCGAGCGCGGCGGAGGCGCUCGGCUACCGCUGGUUCGGCGCGGCCGCGGAGCUGGCGCCGGGCAGUCCGCUGCCCUCCGUCGGGGAUGUCUUGCAGGCCGCCGAGCGCGCGGGCGCCUUCGAGCGCGGGGGCGGCACCCGCGGGGCCAGCGCGCCCCCGGCGCGCUCCAUGGACAGGGUGCUGCAAGAGCUGCAGAGGGAGCACCAGAGGCAGGGGGUGCGCGGCUCGGGGAGCAGCCGGGACGACGAGGGCGGCCGCGAGUGGUGCCCGGAGCGUCCGGGAGAGAGGGCGCCCUCGGGUUCCCCGCAGCGUUUGGGGGACAAAAGGUGCCCUUGCGCGCGGGGUCUUCGAGCUCGGGAGGGCCAUCGCGUCGGCAUGAUGCUCACCCUGUGACUCCGGCCUCUUGUGCUGAUGCAUGUGUGCUUGAAGAAGUUGGCAUGGCGGUAUUUUUUGAACGGCGCUCCUUGUUCGCACUCUUGGCCAGAAGGGUGGUGGAGGGACGGUGCGUGCAGUUCUGCCACACCGAGCGUCGCAGUCACAAGUGUCGGCGGCGCUGGUGCUGUAGCAAUUCAGGGAGUGUAGGAUUCGUCGAGGUUCCUUGCUGCGAGUGCCACCACGAACGGGAGUCCUGUACGUGGUAGAGCUCGCGGAACGUCCUGGUCGUUCCGCGAAGGUGUGGAUGUUCAGGAUUUUUGCACCAUGCUCCCAAUUCAUCCCAACGCGUUUUUUCCUAACCAGUCUUGGCCUAAACACGUUAAUACGUACCUUGUAUCGCUUGAUCGCGCCAGGCCUCCGCUGGCUCAGUCUGGCGUCUGCGAGUUCGUGGGCUUGGAAUCGGGCGCUUUCGAGUCCACCACUCAACCCUGCUUUCAGCACUCCAGACAUCCAGUUUGCACAAUUGUAAGCACGACUGCGCUCUGACCCAGCUAUCUCGACACGGUUGUCGAUUCGGCAGGCCAGCGAUGCAGCACGACAUCAAGUGUUCUUGCAGUUGCGGCAUUCCAGAGAGUGGCCCUCGUGGCAGUCUCACAAUUAGAACUACUUGAAUGCACGUCAGCUGCAAGGGUCAGCAUGUAGUCUGAUUCGAGUAGAUUGCAUUAGGGAGCUCGGCACUGCUCUGUGAUUGCACACACAGGUGUCCGAAACAUUGUUGCAGAAGCGUGUCCUUGCUCGUUUAAGUUACAAGAAAGAUUCGGUUGUUUGUCCCACUGCUCCUGUUGCUACCUCCAGCCGGGACUUUGUUGACUUCAGCCUGAGGCUCUGGCACACGCGACCGAUUGCAGCGGCCUCCCUUCCGUGAUGGGCAGCACGCCGAUCGACACCGCCGCGACCUAUGGCGACGCCCUUCGGCCGAGGCGCCUUUGCUAAGCCCUACUCUGCUCGUGGGUUACGGUCUCCUGGCGGGUACCCCCGCGAGCAAGAGCCAUUGGCGCAGGAUCCGUUCCACGAAGCGGGGUCCGCAGAGAGCGUAGUGUAGUGCUCUCUGCGGCUUUUGGUGCACCGCCACGACCGCCCGCGGCGGUAGCCUGCCGGUGCAGGCGCGGGGCGGCUUGUGCGGGGCCGCCGCGGGCAUUUCGCGAGCCCCCCGCGCUCAACGGAGCGCAGGGCCGUCGCCAAGCGCAAGACCUCCGUCCGCAGGUCUUGCAGGGCACGGGGCGGCACUUGCGCGCAGUUCGCGAGGAC